ACGAGCGGCGCACCGUGCUGCAGUGCACGGGACCUGCAGAUACUCCUAGCUAGCUUGUGCCGCCACCCAACCAGCGACGACCACUCGCCGCUGCUGGACUCGGCCCAUGCUGGCGCGCCCGAACGCCGGCGUGGUCCGGCCGCCGGCGUCGUCGGCGAAGGAGCCGCUCUUCUCGUUCGGCGUCAUCGCCGACGUGCAGUACGCCGACAUCCCCGACGGCCGGUCCUUCCUCGGCGUGCCGCGCUACUACCGCCACAGCAUCUGCGUCCUCCGCCGCGCCGUCCGGAGCUGGAACGCCCACGAGGGCGUCAGGUUCUGCGUCAACUUCGGCGACAUCGUCGACGGCUUCUGCCCCAGGGAGCGGUCCCUGGAGGCCGUCCGCGCCGUGGUGCGCGAGUUCGACGGCUUCCGCGGCGGGCCGGCGUACCACAUGCUCGGCAACCACUGCCUGUACAACCUCCCCCGGAGCGACCUCGUGCCGGAGCUGCGUAUCCCCUCGCCGCCGGGCCGCUCCGCCGCCUACUACGACUUCUCGCCGUGGCCGGGGUACCGCUUCGUGGUGCUGGACGCCUACGACUUGAGCGCCCUCGGGCGGCCGCGGACGCACCCGUCGUCCGCGGCGGCGCGGCGGUUCCUGGAUGCCCGGAACCCGAACCGCGACAAGAACAGCCCGAGCGGGCUCGAGGGGACGGACCGGCGGUUCGUGAUGUUCAACGGCGGCGUGGGCGGCGCGCAGCUGCGGUGGCUGGACGGCGUCCUCCGCGGCGCGGCGCGGCGGCGGGAGAGGGUCGUGGUGUGCAGCCACCUGCCGGUGCACCCCGGCGCGGCGUCGCCCACGGGGCUCAUGUGGAACUACGAGGAGGUGAUGGCCGUGGUGCGGCGGCACGAAGGGUGCGUCGUGGCGUGCCUCGCCGGGCACGUCCACAGGGGCGGGUACGCCGUGGACGGGUGCGGCGUGCACCACCGCACGCUGGAGGCCGCCGUCGAGUGCCCUCCCGGCACCGACGCGUUCGGGCGCGUCGAGGUGUACCCCGACCGGCUCAGGCUCGUCGGAUCCGACAGGAUGGCCAGCACGGAGAUGCUGCUGCUCAGCUCCUCGUCCUCGACUGAGGUAGCUGCGGCGUAGGGAUCGGCAUCGCUUGCGGCUGCGUGUACUACUGCGAUACGAUUCAUACGAACACACGAGUACUCUGGCUUAACCACUGCCGUUGGGAACGUUUUGUUUCUGAAUUCUGGUACCUACAUGAACCUAACCAAUGCACAAGCCGCUGGAAGCCUGCAAACGAACAGCUCGUGCAAUUCGCAUACCAGCAGUUGAGUACUAGAAUCUAGAAGUACAAUCUGGUUAACAAAUCACAGCCCUUUGAGCUAAUCCCAUGACCCUGAGUGAACCACGUGU